CUGUGGCUAGCUAAUUUCUGCUUGUACAGGCUACUUUGCCCACAAUACAGAAACCAUCGUCACGACUACCUAAGAAUCAGAAUUCAGACUAUUGCAAAAAUGCACAAACUCUUCCCAAGUAGCUCGUUUUUCGACUUCGAGACGGUUCGGAUUCUCGGCACUACCGUCUAUGGCGGUGCGGAAACGGCCGAAGUUCUUGAGGCAGUGGGCGAAAUAAAAGCCAACGAUCCUAUAUCGUGGGAAAAGGCGUGGGCUAAACAGGCGGCGCGAGCUGAGGUUUUAGCCAAAGAGGCCUGCGCGCACGGCGACAAAGAUGCCGCCAGAAGGGCAUACCUGCGAGCUGCCAACUACACCCGUGCCAGUGGCUACAUGUACGUUUCUUCCCCGCCCGCCAAUGGCGACACGGCCAUGAUACAGCAUCCGUGUGCACUGUCUGUGUCGGAGCGGAUGGGCAGUCUCUUUCACAAGGCCAUUGAUCUUAUGGACUGCCCGGUACAAUUGCUUUCUAUCCCCUACGAGGGCCAUCGACUGCCAGGAUACCUCUAUCUGCCGCCUGAGAGCUGCCGUAUCCCUGGCCGAAAGAUCCCCAUUUUGGUGAACUUUGGAGGAGCGGAUUCCUGCCAGGAAGAGCUGUUUUUCAUGUACCCCUCCUCUGGCUACCGGCAAGGAUAUGCCGUUCUGACGUUUGAUGGGCCUGGCCAGGGUGUUAUGCUUCGUCGCCACGGCCUCGUCAUGCGACCAAAUUGGGAGAUCGUUUCGGAGCGCGUUAUCGACCAUCUCGUCGACUUCUCUGCCAAGAACCCCAACCUUGAACUCGAUGUCGACAGCAUUGCUGUCGCUGGUGCAUCUAUGGGAGGCUACUAUGCACUUCGCGCUGCUGCUGAUCCCAGGGUCAAAGCUUGCGUCUCAAUCGUAAGUUCCAUUCAAGCAUCAGAACUUCAUGAUCCCUAUGCUAACAAAGUUCUUUCUUCUAAUCAGGACCCAUUCUUCGACAUGUGGGACUUUGGCACCGCCCACGUAUCUCGCUUGUUCCUGUCAGCCUGGAUGAAUGGGUGGAUGAGUCGGGACGUCAUAGACACGCUGAUGAAUACUCUGAAGACAUUCUCAUUUCAGCUCAAGUGGGAGAUCUCUGUCGCUGGAACCUUUUUUGGGCUCUCGUCGCCCUCAGAUAUCCUGCUUCAUAUGAAGAAGUUUUCGCUGGCUGGUUCACAACAGAAGGAUGGUGUCGACUAUCUCACACGUGUGGUCUGUCCUGUUCUCGUAUCUGGUAGCGGUAACUCGCUGUACUUGGACGUGGACGAGCACACCAAGCGAUGCUAUGAUGGCCUGGUCAAUGUUCCUCUAGAGAACAAGGAAAUGUGGGUGCCGGCCAGUCCGGGACAGGGGAGUCUCCAGGCAAAGAUGGGAGCCGUAGCCUUGUGUGGUCAAAGAAGUUUACAAUUUCUUGAUCGUGCGCUUGGUAUAGAUAGGCCGCCUGUGCUCUUGUAG